UGUCGCGUCAUGAACGGUCCGGUUGCGUCGACCCUGGUGCUGCUGGGCGAGCUGGACAAGUGUGCGCCGGGGACGAAGGUGCGCUUUUUAGGCUGUGUCGAUGAAUAUGUUCUUCAAAGCGCGACUCUGCGGCUGAAGCACGACUAUCCGCCCUCUGGUGCGCCCAAGAUCGCGAACGUGAACAUCGAACACGUGCUCGAGUCGAUCAAGCGACAUGAGAUUGACGUUGGGGCCUGGAUCAACGUGAUAGGCUACACGGAGCGGCGCAAAGAGAAGGGCGUCCACGUGCAGGCGAUUGCGGUCUGGAGUGCUGGCAAUGUGAGCCUCGACGCGUAUCAGAGUGCAGUUGAGAUGAGGAAAGAAGCUGGCUGAGAGAACAUCGUGAGCCCACCAGGGCAACACUACACGGCUACAGCGCCCUGUCCAUCGAGACGCUCGGACAAAGCGGAGUCCUCUUGCUAUGUUCAAUACUUCCGAACAUCUCUUACGGCGGCCCAUGCUCACAUUCAGAACAGUCUUUAGAUUGAAUGGAGACCCGCGGACAAGUGAUAGCCACAUGUCCUAUUCAGGUCUCAUUACUCAUCGGACAUGAUUACGUUGCGUCGAUGCCCGCCUGGCGCCCUUUCAUGGUCAGGGAGGAAAAGUCAUGCAUGGGCGUCACAUUCGCUGCCUAUUCCAUGCAUUGGUCCGUACAAAUCCCGAUAGAGGUCGAGUUAGCCGGGACUGGUAGGUUGAUGCAAAGUCUACGGAAAGUGAUUAGAAGAACAUAGUACCUGAGAAAGUAUCAAUCUCGCUGCAAACAUCAUGAC